AUGCCCGAAAUCGAACAUGUCAUGGUAGAGCUUCUCCCUGGCAACGCAUCCCGACAAAGCGUGUACAUACUCAAUGUAUACAGCAGCCCCAGUCACCACAAGCAACGGUUCAAACGCCUGUUCCAGAAAGCCAUUCGCCUCGCCGGCUCCAAUCCGAUAGUGAUCGCGGGCGACUUUAACGCCGCGCAUCGCACCUGGGUCUACGCGUAUGACACCCCCAAGGGUACCGAGCUUUGGCAGAACGCGAACGACAUGAAUCUCACCCUCAUUACGGACAAGGCUUUCCCCACCCGCACUGGCACGUCCACGCAAAGAGACACCACCCUGGAUCUCUGCUUCGUCAAGAAUAUCGCCGACGCCCGUUGGUCCAACCUCGCGGUAGAUCUCGGUAGCGACCAUUUCUUAUUGGCCGUACACUUCCCCACAGUCAGCAGGAAGACCAAGACGUACACGUGGGUGGACUGGGACCUCUUCCGCAAGAUUCGCGCAGAACGACCCCCUCCCUACGCCGCGCCAAGUCUCGAGACGUGGACGGAUCAGCUUAAGGUCGACGUCGGCAAGGCCACCAAAACCAUCUGUACAGACCUGCCCACCGAGAGGAUGGACAGUCGCCUAGCCCACCUGCUCGAGGCCAAACAAUCCCUACUGGCCCGAUGGAAGGGCCAGCGCCUCAAUCGGUGGUUACGCAAACGCAUAUCCGAGCUGAACAAGAGCAUAGCGGAUCACUGCAGCACCCUUUCCAAACAGCAGUGGGACGAAGUUUGUAACUCGAUUGACGGAUACUCCAUCAGGCCAAAGGGACCGCACCACCCGAGCCUCGUGCAGAAAUAUCUACCGCUUCCCGCGGACCCGUCGAUUCCUCACCCCGAAUACACUGGUACCGACAACACCCACUUAGACGCCGACUUUUCCGUCGAAGAGGUGCGCCGAGCUCUGCACGAACUCAAUGGCCGUUCCACCCCUGGCCCCGAUGGCAUCCCCAACAAGCUCCUGCGCAACUUGGAUGAGCCCUCCGUCACUUACCUCACCGAUACUAUCAACGAAACGUGGAAGAAGGGGCCGUCCUCCGCGCAGGAGACCUGGUGUCGGAAGAAGUCGAGCUCGGACAGCGGGGAACUCCCCAGGGGUCCGUCCUCUCGCCGACGCUCUUCAACCUAG